CUCCUUACACAGCUCUAGCCAGUAGCCACCAUCUCCCUCUCGCUCGCAGUUCCUGUAACCGGAGAUGAGCUGCUCCCUCCUCGUCAAGGCGACGACAGUCGCCGUCGUCGUGGCCUUCCUGGCAGCCACGGCGGGGGCGUCCUCGUUCGUCUCCACCGCGCAUCUCCCCACCGACGUCCUUUCGUCCACUUCCUUCCUCUGGAUCACCGCGAACGUCAUCAUCGUCUGCCUCUUCGUUUUCUCCCAUCGCCAGCGCACCGGACCGGCCGCAUCAUCCUCAUCGGGCGGCGACUUAUCCGAUGCCAUGUAUGCCCUCUUUCCAUCGUCGGACCAUGACGCCUUUGCUGCCGCUCCCGACGCCGUCAGCGCGCCGGUCCCGGACUCGGCGAGGCAGGCGCGGGCAGCAAGAUCUGCCAAGCGGCCGACUGAGCGCCCCCGUGUGCGCAGGAAGUCAGCAGGCGAGGAGAAGCCUCUGGCAGCCGUCGAGGCGGUGGUCAAACCCGGCGUCAAGAACGAGCACAUCAAGGAGGAGAAGCCGACAGCCGCCACCGCCGCUGCGACUGCGUCCGAGCCCGCUGACACCAACGACGUGUCGAUGGACUCGGCGUGGCUGUCCAUCGUUCGGAGCGGCGCGGCGCGGCCGGUGGCGGUGCGGAAGAGCGAGACGUGGGGCGGCGAGGAGCUGCCACGGAUGCGGCGCGCGGCAGACAAGGCCGUCUCCGCGCGGAGAGAGAUGCGGAAGUCGGCGUCGAUGGUCCCGCCCUCGCCACCGCACCCGAGCGCGGCAACGGCGACGUCGUCUCCAGUUGCGGCGAAGCAGGGGUGGCGCACCAGGGAUGUGCUGGUGGUGAUGGCGCAUGACGAGCUCCUGCACCGCGCCGAGAGCUUCAUCCGGAGGCAGCACGAGCACCUGCGCAUCCAGCGCCAGGAGUCCGACCAGCGCCAGAUGGCCAUGGAUCAGCAAGACCGCCGCCUGCGCGCCCCCGCGCCCAUCCGCGUGUAGCCAGCGCGACACCGCGCCAUCGUCACAUGACCGAACACACUCCAUGCCUGCACUGUCGCACGGAAGACUGUACAGAAGUUAGCCAGCUAUAUCUACUAGCAUCGUCAAGAGACAAAAGUGCCGCCUUUGCAUGAAAUAGUUUGCUAAAUGGAACGAUGUACAGCAGAGGUAGACUAGAAUUUCUAGUAUAGAAUCCGGCCAAAGCUAUGAACGUGGCAAAUUGAAGCAGUGCCCGUCAUGCACCGCAUCCUCCUUCGAUCGAUGUAGAUUAAAUCCGCAUGUAAGAUAAUGUUUGCCUCAGAUAUC